GCCUCAGCAUCCCAAGUGCUGGGAUUGCAGGUAUGUGCUACCACACCCGGCUUCAACAGCUGCUUUUACCCGCAUACAAUUGUGUAACUAUAAAGAAUUCCUAAACUUGAGGUUGGUUACCAUGAAGAGCUCUAAGGCCCUAGAUUUUAUUAUUAGAAGUACCAUUAAUUUUUUAAGCUAAAAUAUAUAUCACUGUUUGAAAAAUACAUGUAACUCUGGAGGCUUUGCAGUAUUCAUGUGCUAGAAGAGCUCAGUAGAGAAGACUUAAAUGAAACUGUGACUUCUCUUACCUACUGUGUUAAGGCUCAGGUCUGCUUGUUCUGAUGUGUCUUGCAGUUUGAAAGGGUGACUUGCUUACCUGGUACACAGACAAGAUCUUGCCGGUUAGUACAGCCUUACUUAGUCACUGUAUUCUACAGUACGUGUCACGUACUCAGAAACUUAACAGUUAACCUGCCAAGUGGUGAUCAACCGUGAAGAACUUAUCCCAAACUCUCAAAGGACAGAACCCUCACAUUUUGUUGUACAGGUACAUUCUGUCCUUGUAGAUACAUCUGCAUGAGACGCAAAAUCAUAAAUCAGAAUCCGGCUCACUGGGUGGGAAAUGGGAUCGGCAAAACUUGGCCAGCCAGUCUUGAAGCCGGUGGCCUUAAGCAGAGAAGAAUAUGGCAUCUCCGGUUCUUGUCCUGUGGAAGUCACCAGACGUGCUGUUGGUGUUUGCCCUUCGCUUCCCCAUUUCCAGAUUUCACUUCCAGUCAGUGUUCUUCGUGAUCAUUUCCUUGUCUCCUUGAGCAUCAGCAUCAGCAUCAGCACCAAUGCUUGAUCUGGUGGCCAUUCUGUGUGCCUCAAAAGGCCUCCAAAGAGCCUGCUCUAAUUCCUUGUGUUUAUUAUUUUUUUUCCCCAUUUCACUAUCACAAGGAAGUCUUCCAGGUCCAAAGACAGAUAAACACACCAAGAAUGACCCAAAAGAAAUCAAAGCUUUGUUGCAGAGCCAAUGUGUAUACGCAAGUGCCUGACGGAGGAUGGGGUUGGGCGGUCGCUGUUUCUUUUUUCUUCGUUGAAGUCUUCACAUAUGGCAUCAUCAAGUCAUUCGGUGUCUUCUUUAACGACUUAAUGGACAGUUUUGAUCAAUCCAACAGCAAGAUCUCAUGGAUAGUGUCGAUAUGUGUGUUCGUCUUGACAUUUACAGCUCCCCUCUCCACGGUCCUGAGCAAUCGCUUCGGACCUCGCGUGGUGGUGAUGGCUGGGGGGCUGCUGGUCAGCACCGGGAUGGUGGCAGCCUCCUUCUCACAGACGGUUUACCACAUGUACAUCUCCAUCGGGAUCGUCUCGGGUUUGGGAUACUGCUUUAGUUUCCUCCCGACUGUCACCAUCCUAUCCCAGUACUUUGACAAAAGACGCUCGGUGAUCACUGCGGUCGCUUCCACGGGAGAGUGCUUUGCUGUGUUUGCCUUUGCACCAGUCAUCACAGCUCUCAAGGAGCAGAUCGGCUGGAGAUACAGCCUGCUGUUCGUGGGCCUGCUGCAGCUAAACAUUGUCGUCUGUGGGGCCUUGCUGAGACCAAUUAUUAUCAGAGCACCAGAGUCACCGAAAACGGUCACCCACGAAAACCGCAAAGAAGUGCAAUACAUGCUUGAAAACGAGAAAACGCGAACCUCACUAGACUCCAUUGACUCAGGAGUAGAACUAACUACCUCACCGAAAAAUGUGCCUAGCCACGCUAACGCGGAGCUGGAGCCCAGGGCCGACCAGCAGAUCCUGGGGCGGGCCGGCUCCACGCACAGCGAGAAGAAAGUCCCGUUGUUAGACUUCUCCGUUUUGAAAGAGCAGAGUUUUAUCUGUUAUGCACUCUUUGGUCUGUUCGCCACACUGGGGUUCUUUGCACCUUCCUUGUACAUCAUUCCUUUGGGCGUCAGUCUGGGCAUUGACCCUGAUCGCGCUGCUUUCUUACUGUCCACAAUGGCAAUCGCUGAAGUUUUUGGAAGAAUCGGAGCUGGUUUCAUCCUCAACCGGGAGCCCAUCCGUAAGAUCUACAUUGAGCUCAUCUGCGUCGUCUUACUGACCGUGUCUCUGUUCGCCUUCACUUUUGCUACUGAAUUCUGGGGUCUCAUGUCGUGUAGCAUAUUUUUUGGGGUUAUGGUCGGAACAAUAGGGGGGAGCCACAUUCCACUGCUCGCGGAGGAUGACGUGGUGGGAAUUGAGAAGAUGUCCUCGGCAGCCGGCGUCUACGUCUUCAUCCAGAGCAUAGCAGGGCUGGCAGGACCACCCCUGGCAGGUCUGCUGGUGGACCAAAGCAAGAUAUACAGCAGAGCCUUCUACUCCUGCGCGACUGGCAUGACUGUGGCCGCCAUGUGCCUCGCCUUGGUGAGACCGUGUAAACAGGGACUGUGCCAGCAGCAUCAUUCAGGUCAAACACAGCCAGAGAGCCACCGUGGGAAGGCAUUACAGGACAUACCCGAGGACUUUCUGGAGAUGGAUCUUGGGAAAACGGAUCCUAGAGUCCACGUGACGGUAGAGCCAGUAUGACACAUUUUCAUGCGACCCUGGGGGCGCAGGGGGCAGGGGAGGCAACCACUCAACUCCGCUUUCAAAGCUGCAUUUUAAAGGGAAUGUACAUGUGAACAGCAGCACCAACAUCUUUUUUUUUCCGCUAUUGUUUUCCUUUUUUGUUUCUGAAGCCAAAACAAAAACCACCAUAUAUAAGUCUGGCUCCGUUCAGUAGCAAUACAAAGAUACACAGAAGGACUCUUUGGCUCACAUUCUACUAUUAAAAUAGUGACAUGAAUUAGCAAAGUGGUUUUAGGAGCACACUCACAUGUGAUAAAUUCCCUUUUUAGACUAGAAAAUAGCCCAGGUGGCUGAAAUAAAAGUGGCCAUUCCAAAAACAAAAUAUCUUGAAUCACUGAAAAAAAAAUGUAUUUUCAGAAAUACAAGUUUCUUUUUAAAGAAUUUGAAAAAUACUGAGGUUCCAUUAAUAAAUUACAGCCUCUGAAUUUUCCAAAUAUUGCAUGAGAAUGAAGUAUACCAUAGUCUUAAGGCCAAACGUUUGAGUAAUAAGCAGAAAACUUAAAAAAAUGUAUGUGACUUGAACUUCAUAAAUGUGAAGAUUACCACUUCUUUUUAUGGCCAGUCAUCACCACAAGUAUUUCAAUAUAAAAUAUACUAAAUUACAUUUUAAAAAUGUGUUUCCUGUUGCUUUUAGUUAUUCAGAACUAUGUGAUUGUAGUGUCCUUAAUUUAAAGAACUAUUUAUUAUUAAGUUAUUCUAGGGUAACUGAAGUAAUCAAAAGAAAUGAAAAGUAACCUGAGACAUAUAUGGCAUUUUUACCUCCUCCUUGCAAUCUUUUAAAUGCCUCAAAGAAUAGUUCUUCUCUCGUAAAAGGCCAAUUUGUGAUGAUCACUCAGUCUGAUGAAGGGCCAUGUGUGCUACUUAAAGGGUAGGAAAAUAAUGGAUAGCAAAUCGCCUUAGCUUUUCAAAAGAUAAUUUGUUUAUUAGCUAAGUAUACUUGAGGAUCUUAUCUGAUCAAAAUUAUAUUUUGUUGCAUUGUUGAAGCAUUUCUGAUUUUUUUAAAAAAAUCUGAACUGUUGAAGUAUUUCUGUAUUUUAUUUGGGGGUAGCAAAGACAUAGUACCAUCACAGCUUACAAGUUGCAGUUUGCAUCUGACGUAGAACUUGACUUGAUCUACGUUGCCGUAGGUAUCGGGAACUGGUCGUUGUUUUGGAGUUAUGCUCUAUGUUUAAUAUUUCUCAUUUUAGCAGUUUUCUGUAAAGAGGAUACGAGGUGAGUUGUUUCCUCACUUAUUUUACUGAAUCUCACCUUACAGGUGAUGGUCCAUGGUCGCUGCUCCAUUUAAUUCACAUUUACUGUUAAUUUAUGACAACUCAGGGGGACAAUAUAACAAGCCUAGUUUGGUUCCAGGUAAACACAAGCUUGAAUAUUUCUCUGCACUGAAAGGAAAGUGGCAUAGUUCAUCACCACCGGCUACAUCUUGUAUAGCAUUUUAUCAGCCAUAGGAAUAGGACAAUCUGUAAAACCCUGGCGAAGGUGCAGGAGGAAGCGAAGUGUCUGUCUAAAACAGAUGCACCUGAAACAAGCGAGGUGGACGUAGCAAAUCUCUGUCGCUGCUUGAGGAAAGCCUUGAGCAGCGGCAGCUUUGCGUACUUACACAACUUCAGCACUUUACAGCAUAUUUUGUACUAUGAACGUUCAAUGCAAUUUAAUAUUUAUAACUGAUUUCUGAGAGAUCUGCUCUAUGUCCAUUCUGUUAACUGCAUGAGAAAAAAAAAGUAUGCCAAUUUCAGUAUGUCAAUCAAUAAUCAAGGUUUUCAAUGUUUGGAGGAAAAUAAAAGCAAGAUUGCUGAUUUGUUCUGUGUUAGUGACAUUCGGGUACUUCUAGAUUUGCAAUAAAUUUAUGGCUUUUUAUAUAAAGAGA